ACAACCCGAUGGAAGUUUAGAAACAGGAAACUCAGGAUUUUGCACUUUGUCCGUCGCGCCCCCGCUUCCUCGGAGGAUCUCCCCUCUUCCCCCGUGCCGUCACCAUCCGCCAUGGAAGCCGGCGGCGGCGAGGAACCUCUGAUCGGCGACCGCCGCCGGAGCGUCACGUUCGCGCGGUGCGUGUCGCACGCGCAGGACGAGCUGCAGAGCUUCCGGUCCUACCUCCGGUGGAUGUGCGUGGACCAGUCGAACGCCUGGACCGCCUGCCUCUCCUGGUCCAUGUUCCUCAUCUUCGCGAUCGCCGUCCCCGCCGCCUCCCACUUCCUGCUCGCCUGCUCGAGCUGCGACGCCAAGCACGCCAGGCCCUUCGACGGCGUCGUCCAGCUGUCGCUCAGCAGCCUCGCCACGCUCUCCUUCGUCUGCCUGUCGCGGUUCGUGCGGAAGUACGGCCUCCGGAGGUUCCUCUUCUUCGACAAGCUCUGGGACGAGAGCGAGACGGUGAGGGAUGGCUACACCGACCAGCUCAAUAGAUCAUUGAAAAUCCUCUCCAUAUUCGUCCUCCCCUGCUUUGCAGCUGAGAGUGCUUAUAAAAUAUGGUGGUAUGCCUCAGGAGCCUCUCAAAUACCAUUUUUGGGGAACGUUUACCUGAGUGACACCGUUGCUUGCAUCAUGGAGCUCUGUUCAUGGCUCUACCGCACAAUGGUCAUUUUCUUGGUGUGUGUACUCUUCCGUCUGAUCUGCUCUCUCCAGAUCUUGCGACUGCAAGACUUUGCAAAGUUGUUUGAAGUGGACUCAGAUGUGGCUUCGGUCCUAUCUGAGCAUCUUAGGAUCAGGAGACACCUUCGGAUCAUAAGCCAUAGGUACCGUGCGUUCAUAUUGUGGGCUCUGGUUUUGGUCACUGGAAGCCAGUUUGCUGCUCUGCUUGUCACUACCAAGUCCACCGCAGAUGUUAACAUUUAUCGUGCAGGAGAAUUGGCUCUUUGCUCGAUGGCUCUGGUUGCCGCACUCCUCAUCUUGUUGCGCAGUGCGACCAAGAUUACACAUAAAGCACAGUCCGUGACAUGCCUUGCGGCAAAGUGGCAUAUAUGUGCAACACUCGAUGGUUCUUUCGAGGCAAAUGAUGGUGAGACACCAGUGGCUCAGGCUGCCGAUGGCCAGGUCUUUGCUGUUAGAAGUACAGAAUCAGAGAGUGAUGCUGGGGAUGAGGAAGAUGACUUGGACAAUAGCAAGUUAAUCCCAGAGUAUACCUAUAGUACCAUCUCAUACCAGAAAAGACAAGCCCUUGUGACAUACUUUGAGAAUAACCGGGCGGGGAUAACAGUGUACGGAUUCACGUUAGACAGGACUACUCUGCACACCAUAUUUGGCAUUGAGCUCUCCCUUGUGCUUUGGCUGCUUGGAAAGACCAUCGGCAUAUCUUGAGAAAUUGAGCAUUUGGGUUUGAGACUAACUUAUGCCGCACCAGUUGCAGCACAGAGGAAGACCAUCGGCAUAUCUUGAGAAAUUGAGCAUAAGGGGUUUGCCAGAGAGAGAGAGAGAGAUAAAGAGUUGUGCAUGUAAAGGCGUUCUGUUCAUUUUUUUCCUUCUUAUUUCCGACCUGUAAUAUCCACCUAUGUAGAAUAUGAUCAUCUGAUCACAUUCAUUUUGUAAUCCAUAUUGGGUUUCUGAUUACUGCGUGAGUUCAGCUCAAUUGGGUGACGAUUGUCCCCUGGUAACUCAAAUUUCAUGCUGCCGGAGACUGUCCAAUGUUAAAUUUCUGGAAUUCCAA